CAUCUUGUCGCGUUACUGCACCUUUGUAAGGCUACGUAGCGUAACGUCUGCUUACGUCUACCGGGGUGUUAUGAGCAGCUUAGAUGUGAAGAAUUUGCGUGAAAUUCCGCAUAUUACCUUAAAAAUCGUGACAGCUCUCAGGUGUAAUUUGGGUGCCACCUUGUGAAAUGGAAAACACGACCGACGACUACAGGAUCCAGUCGUUUGACCUGGACACACAGAUGUUGCUGAAAACAGCCUUGAAAGAUCCAAGUUCAGUGAACCUGGAGAAGGUGUCUAGCAUCAUCGUGGAUCAGUCUCUAAAGGACCAGGUGUUCAGCAAAGAGGCUGGACGCAUCUGCUACACCAUUGUGCAGGCCGAGGCGAAGCAGAACAACGGAAACGUGUUCAGGAGGAACUUGCUGAACCGCCUCCAGCAGGAGUUCAAGAACCGCGAGGAGACGAGGGGGCGUUCGCUGCAGGAGUGGGUGUGCUACGUCUCGUUCAUCUGCAAUGUCUUCGACUACCUCAAAGUGAACAACAUGCCGAUGGUGGCCCUGGUCCAUCCUGUGUACGACUGUCUGAUCAGGCUGGCCCAACCAGAUGCUCUGAUGAAUGAGGAGGAGGUGGACUGUCUGGUGCUGCAGCUUCACCGCAUCGGGGAGCAGCUGGAGAAGGUGAACAGCCCGCGAAUGGACGAGCUGUUCUUCCUGCUGCGGGACGGCUUCCUGCUCCAGGAGGGCCUCACCUCCAUGGCCCGUCUGCUGCUGCUGGAGAUCCUGGAGUUCAGGGCCGGAGGUUGGAUGCUCAGCAGCACCGCCCACAAGUACUACUACAGUGAAAUCGCUGACUAGGAUUGUCCCAAGGACACGGGUGCUGAGCAGCUGUUGUGCAGGUGCAUUAGCCAACCUUCAGAGCACCUCGGAUACCUCUGUGUAGUCACCAGGGUUUCCCCCAGGAAGCUGGUAAGUGGGAGCGGUGGCCGGCGCUGCCCUUAAAGCUUAAAAUGAUUUUUAUUAAAGUGUAUUAAGUUCUUCUGAAGUUAGUCGAGGCUCACUGUGGGAAACCCUGGGCACCACUGAUUAUAAAACCAGCAGUUUCAUGAAGGACAGGACAUCUUCCAGGAAAACAGAGGAGGGUUCUGUGACGACAGAGGUUCAUAAACUGUAAAAAGACUUUUGAUUUUGCUGGAUUGUUCCCUGCGUUUGAUAAUAUUCCCGAGACAUGGUGCCGUGGAUGUGGAAUGUGCAAUAGUUCACAAGGUGUUGAAGUGACGUUAACGAGGUUUAGCCACAUUCAGGUACACUUGGUUUUAGAGUUUGAUAUUUUUUAUGUUUUGUUUUUUUUUAUUAAUCUUACAGGCAUUCCUGUGUUGAGAAAACAUUUCAAAGUCCAACUUAUUAUCAUUAUUUUUAACAAUCCAAAGGACUUGGAAGAGACAUUCCAGUCAGAUGCAAGCUGAUUUGGUUGUUGCUUUACUUUUUAUUGUUGUGUGACCAAAUUUAAUAGAAAAUCAAAUAGUUUAAUAACUUAGUUUAGUAUCUUUUGCGUAGUAUUGACAUUUUACAAAAGGUUUGAAAUGUAGUUCAGAGGAAUUUUCUGCCUAAUUUGUCCUGUAGGAUUCCUGUGUUACUGUUUUGUUAUGUGUCGUUACAUGAGGCCGUUUUGUCAGAUGAAGCGUCGUGUCUUAAUUCAGGGACCUUCUUUUAUUUAAUUUUAUUUGUUGCAGCUCCACUUAAACAUGGAAGACCAACCGAUUGGCUGCAGUUCAUAUUAACACUGUGUUUCUGCAGAUAAAUGAGUCAGAUGUUUAAAACAUUUCUGGAUUCACAAGUGUCAUUUGUUAAACAACUCGUGCCAACACAACAACAGCAUCACCCAGAACUUCUUGACAAAGCCUAAGCUCUUAAUUUGAUAAGUCGCCAGAGGACAGUGGCGGAAGAAGUGCUCGGAUCAUUCCCUUAAGUAAAGGCAGCAAUACCACAGACAGUGUAUAAAUAGUUACUGAAACAUCUUUUAUUUGUUGAUCAUAUUUUGUAUUUUUAAUCAGUAACUGAAGUCAUCAAAUGAAUGUAGUGGAGUGAAACAGUACAAUACCCUUAAAAUUAGUUGAGUAAAUGUUCCGAGUUAUCAUCCAACACUGCUGGAGGAGCAGGUGUCUAUCCUCCCUUCACAUAUGCGCAGGUCAGCCAGGAGUUUAAAGCUCAUGGAGACGGUAUUUUUCCUCUGAAUUCAGCACCACCAGCACCAGCUACACCACAGCAUGUAGCUGAGCUCAGUUUUUCGUUGGAGUCUGUUGUUACCUUUGUUGAUGCUCAGUGACAGCUCAACCAGAGCUGUGCCUUGGAUUCAGACAGACACAAGCAUAGGAGACA